AUGGGCGGUGUGUGUGGCCCUCAAGUUGUGGGGCCCCUGUGGGACCUGUUGGAAGUGCUGCUGUUUUUCUUGUUUUGGGGCGAAAGACAGGCGUUGCGGCCCCGGUCAGCCUUUCUGGAGAACCCGUUGGCGAGGUGCUGGUCAUUGCCUGGCAAACUACGCAGGUUUGCUGCAGCUUGGGGGUCCGGAAAAAAUGGGCGAGGCCAGGUCGAAAUACUCGAUAACACAGGAGUAAGUUGCAUGCAAUGCAGCGCGCGAUGGUCCUUCCGUUGGAGGACCGCCAUGGCUGACCCACCAGCCGGCUAG